AUGCGUUUGUUUACAGAAGUACAGGAGUGAACUGAAUCUUUUGCCCAACGAUCAUGUAGUUUACACUCAUAAAUACUUUAAUCUGAAAUGUUAUUAUGCCUCGACGGGCUCAUGGAGAUACAGAACCACUGCUAUCGUCCACUCAUUUGGACGAAGACGAUGACGAGGUGUCCAGUAGAAAGAAACUGUCUUAUGAGGAGGCUGUUGAGAAAGCAGGGUUCGGACUCUUCCAUUGGCUGCUGUUGGUCGUCUGCGGGUGGGCGAACGCCAGUGAUGCGGUGGAGAUCCUGUGUGUGUCGUUCCUCUUGCCCACGGCACGCUGCGACCUCCAGCUCAGCUCAGGCGACAUGGGGCUCCUCACCGCCAGCAUAUUCCUGGGGAUGAUGGUGGGCGGUUAUGUAUGGGGGUAUCUGGCUGAUCGCAGAGGAAGGCGGAGUGUUCUGGUCAUUUCUCUGGCAGUGAAUGGCACGUUUGGGGCAGUGGCCAGUUUGGCCCCGAGUUUCUGGCUCUUUCUCCUCCUGCGGUUCUUCAGUGGAGUCGGGGUCGGCGGAUCCAUUCCUGUCAUCUUCUCGUAUUUUUCCGAGUUUCAACCAUGUUUGCGGAGGGGAGCUAUGAUCAGCGCUCUCGCCACAUUCUGGAUGGCGGGAAAUAUUUUAGCAGCAGGUGUGGCAUGGAUGGUGAUUCCCAGAACAUCUUUGAACGCUCAUUGGGGCUGGUUGGAUUUUCAGAGUUGGCGUCUUUUUGUGGUCCUCUGCUCCGUCCCCAGCCUGUCAUCAGCACUUAUCUUCAGACUCUUCAUGCCGGAGAGCCCGAAGUUCCUGAUGGAGGCCGGACGUGAGGCGGAGGCUUUAUCUGUGUUCCAGAAGAUGUUCAAACUGAACAACAGACAUGCCACGAAACCAUUUCCUGCACUAGGUCUUGUGAUCAGACCCCAAGAUGAAGAAGAGAAGAACAGACCCAGUAGCGGCUCAAGAUCUCAGCGGUUUAACCAUCAACUCAAACAGGCACUGGAUCCCAUCAGACAGCUGUUUGUUGGACCGCUGGCUUCCAGAAGUGUCGUUCUGCUGAUUAUAUUUUUCUGCAUUUCAUUUGGGUAUUAUGGGUUAUGGAUGUGGUUUCCAGAGCUUUUUAAGAGAGCGGAGGACGGAGGGUCUCCAUGCACCAACACGUCUCGAGUCCAAAGCACAGAGAAUGAAAGCUGCUAUCCAGUCAAAACUGCAGUAUACAUGGAGGGUUUUAUAACUGCGGCUUCAAACUUGCCGGGAAACAUCUUCACUAUCCUUCUCAUGGACAGAAUUGGCGGGAAAAUCCUGCUGUCCGUCAGUUUGCUGGCGUCCAGUGCGAGCGUGUUUGUCAUCUACAUGGUGAAAACCAAAACUCAGAGUCUGAUCGUGUCCUGCGUGUUCAGUGGCGUUUCUGUCAUCUCCUGGAACGCCCUGGAUGUGGUCGGGACGGAACUUUAUCCCACACAACUACGCUCAUCAGCUCUGGGGGUUUUUACUGGAGUGGGCCGCGUGGCAGCCAUCAUGGGAAAUGUUGUUUUUGGGCAGCUGGUGGACUCCAACUGUGCCGUACCUCUGCUGAUGGUGUCUGCGCUCCUGCUGGCCGGAGGACUGGCGGCUCUACGCCUGCCUCAAACUAAACAGACUGAACUGACAUGACACAGCCAAGCCAAACUUGGCAUUCUGGGACCAAAAUACCAAACCAAAGAGCUUAACAAUUUGCAGUUUUGUCUUAAUGUUGCACAAGUGCACUAUGAAAAGUUUUCACACACCUUUGCCAUGUUUUCUGUACUGGAAUUUUUAGUAUCAGUAAUUCUUAUUGGCAGCUUAAAGCCUUAUUAAAUCAAAUCUUGAAUAUUUAAUAAAUAUUAAGUUCAAAAUCUGAUAUAUUUGUAUAACAAGUCAUACAUUCUUAUCAUAAUUUUAACAAUAUUUUUUAUUUUAUUUCAGUUGAUUUUUAUGGUAUUAUUGAAUUCUAAUAGUUUCUAAAUGAAGGAUAUUCAAUUGACUUUACAUUUGUAUCGAAUUGCACAAUUCCCUUUAGAGUGAUAUUUUUAUAUGCAUAUAUUUUCUAACACUUUUAAUGUUUGCACACCACAUUAAACAGAACAGCCAAUGGA